GCCCUGUCAAUGUGUUGUUUCAUAGAUAUAACAAUUGACCUUGGAAACGAAUUGCUGUUUUUUUUUAGGGGUGCUGAUUGAAAGUGAUAAUUAUAUUUGACGUGAAGAGAUGGUGUAACGUUAUCGGAUGAAACAAAACUCUCAUGUGCAGUGGAAAUAAUUCGAUAAUUAUUACGAGCAAUGAUCUAACAGUGUAGCUAAUAAAUUACAUCGUGGGAUUUAUUGUGUUUUUGCUAAUCUACCUGAGUCAUCCUGACGUCAGUCAGCUGCGUGAACAAAUCGGUUGUGGAAGGUGCAAUGUGAGUAACUGACAACCAAGCUUCCUCCACACAACAAAACAUUCGAAUCGAACGAAACCAACCGCCCAAUCAGAAUGAUUCACCCCCGAAUAAUAAACGGCGCGUGAGAUCAACAAUUAUCGAUCAUAUCAGCCUCACCUGAGCCAACAACAGCCUCCAAGUCUACGGUUGAAGUCAUCAACCCUCCCUAUCGGUUCCGCUCAUCGCAGCAGAUCUAGACAUCAUUGACAUCAUUCUCCAAUCCCCGAGUGCACGCGAUGAAUAAACUGAAAAACUUGCUCCACCACCCAACAGCCGCCGCAGCCACCACCACCACCACCGUCAGCUCCACUGAUGGUGGAGCAAAGGCAAACAAAGCCAACAACAACGAGCGGCUCGCACCGGAGGUCGGCUUCAAGUUGGUACUCGAUCCGGGUUCGAGUUUCAGCUACGAUAAUGGCGAAGCUGACGGCGAUAAUAACAAUCCAUCACCGCCGCCACCGCCACAGCCGACGGCUGUGCCGGAGCUGCAAGUUCAUCUGGUCGGCGCUCGCCAUCUACCGGUCAGCUUUGGGCUGAAAAGCGUCGAGGGGUAUAUGAUUAAGAUCAAGCUGUUUCCCGGUACGGCCAAGUUUGACUCGUCGAUUCAAACUACGUCGUGGCCCACGUUCGGGGAGACGUUUCGGUUUCCGCUGGUUGCUAGUCACAAAUCUUCAUUCCGCGUGAAGAAAAACCAGUCCAAAGCGAAACCGGACGAAUCACCGCCGGAGAAACUUUUCAGCGGCAACUUUGUCGUGUUCACGGUAUUCGCUCUCUUGGAGUUGCCACCGGGGUUCCAGGCCACCCUGAAGCACAAAACGAUGACCUUCAUCCGGCAGGGCAGCCAACGGUUGAAGGACAAACCGGUCAUCGGUAAGCUGGUCAAGGAUGUGGAACCUCCCGAUUCGAAAACUGCCAACUUUGACCAGAAGCAAAACCUCAAAAAACUGACCACAAGCGAAAGCCAGCGGAACAUCGGAUCGGUGACGUACUUCCUGGAACCGAAGGCAUUCCAGGAGGUGUGCCGCGGGCGGUUGUACCAAACCGAUGAAAUGUGGCUACCGAUCAAGGAUAUCACCGUGACUCAGCCGGCGGAAAGCCGGGUUACGAUUUUCCAAAGUGUCAAAGGUCAAGUGGAGGUAACCCUGCAGCUGUGCGAUUACACCGAUGUCCAUCUGGACAGUGAGAAAACCUCUCAAGAGGAUCUGUCGUUCAACAUUGAUGGACCGUACUCGCCUACCUCUUCGUCAUCGUCGUCUUCCCUCAGCAACCCGUUUCGCUUCAAGAAGGAUCCACCCGCCUGCGGAUCUCCCGUGCCAAGCUCCAAUUCUCACAAGAGCCGGUUCAGUUUCAAAGGUGUCAAAAAGAUUGUUAAAAGUGUCCAGAACAAGGAAAAGAAUCAGAAAGGGCUGUGUUUGAAAAUUUCAACCGCCAAAAUCCGAUGCGGAAUCAAGGUGAAGGAGGACUUUGAGGCGGUCAGCGAGAAGAUCUACCUGAAGACGACGGUUUUGGAGCAUGAGAUCCUAUCGGCCACGUGGAAAUCGGAACCAUUCCGUCCGGCGUUGUCGACCCGAUGGAAUCCGGAGGACUGUACGAUUGUGCUCCCGCUGAGCAGUGAGAGCAACUUGGAUCACGUUUCGAUACGGGUGGCACUGGCUGCGAAGAGCAAGGUCGGGAAGAAGAUUUACUUGGGGCAGGUGUUUAUGGGCCCGAAUGCUCCCAGCUGCAAUCAGAUCAAGCAGGAUCAGUGGAGGAAGAUGAUCGCGUACAAAGGGUCGGCCAUUUCCGUGUGGCAUAGUUUGGAGUAAAUGCAUUUUGGUAUACGAUAAAUCAUAAGUUGUGUCAUAUAGAUUUUAAAUCUUGAAUUAUUCGAUGUUGAGUGUCAUAGAGUUUGUCAAACAGACUUUUCUACUAAUAUAUGCGAAGAAUAUUUAGUCA